AUGGCUUCGAUUACUUUCAAUCAACAAAGAAGAUUCAAAAUCUGGCGUUUUUGGUUUGGGGCUGCUUUACUAUUCACUGCCUGCUGGAUCUUCUUGGUUGAAAUCUUGAGGGAUGAAAACGGUGACGGAUUAUCAAUUACACCCAAACCAUCCUCAAUCUACAAGAUAUCAGACACAUAUCCUAACCCACUUGAUCAUAAUAAUUGGCGAAUGUUAAUAGCUGUCGAUCCUACUGCUUCCAAACCGUCACCAGAAUACCAUCAAUCAACCCGCACUCAGAAAAUCUUUUCAUAUCUAUCUUCCUACCAGACUCAGGCUGAGAAGUGCCGGGACUUGUGGAUUUCUGAACAAACGUUAUGCACCGAUGAGCAAUUUCGUAGUGCUGUGAUAGCGAGUCAAUCAUCACCAAGUUUAGACGUUGUUUGGACAUGGGUCAAUGGGUCUGAUCCAGUAUUUUCAAAGGUUCAAAAGACUCAUGAAAGGCUACGCGAUUCAAACCGAUCCGCAAGCGCUUCAACCAAAGAGAAGGAGACGGUCUUCCAAGUUGGGACUGAUGCAACUCAUUUUGCUGAUCAUGACGAACUCCGUUAUUCACUCAGAAGUGCACUAGGAACCUUGAAAUCCAUUCGAACCUUCAAUAUCUUUACGGUCGACUUUUCGAGUGCCGAUCUUCGGCUUGCAGAGGUUGAUAUCGGCCCUUCACAACCUUCGGAAAGCUCCAAUCGUUGGGGAAGCGUACCUAGCUGGUUAAAUCAGACUGCCUUGGAUGGAACUCCCAACCCCACCAUCGAUCAACCGCCCAUUCGAGUUAUUCAUCACUCAGAAGCUCAAAAUGAGAAAUUUGCAGACUCGCCGCUCAGCUUUAGCAGCCUGGCUAUUGAAUCGCGGAUCCCCAGGCUGAAUGUUUUGCGUGACAACGUACUAUAUGCUAACGAUGACUGCUUUCUACUACGUAAAUUAGAGACCAGUGACCUGGAGACUAUACUCACUGGACCAAUAUUACAUAUCCAAAUGUCAUUGUCUGUGACGUCUCACAAUCCAUGGCUGCUUUCAAACAGCAAACCGGAGGAGGUUGGCGAAGAGUGGGUGGCCCUGAAAUACACCUCAGGCGUCAAAGCUUACAACAGAUUGAACUCGGUUCUGGGUGCCUCUGUAGGCAAUUGGUUGCUAGAUGCUCGCUUCGGUGCUAGAGAUCGCUGUUAUCUUGGCCACUAUGCUCGCAUGCUGUCAAUACCUAUAUCUCGAGAACUAUCUCUAGUUUGGGAGAAAGAGUUCAUUCAGACGGAUCAAGCAAAGUUUCGAGCACUCGGUCCGGAGGUUUACUUAUUUUACCUUCACGCAUGGUAUACGAUCGAAAAACAUCGAGAGUCACUCUUGUACUCCUUUGUGAUGCUGAAGACUGACUCCAAUGUUGAUGGAAUCAUAAAUCAAGAAGAGUACGACAAGAUGCUACAUCACCUCAGCAUUGAAGGAUCUCAGACAGUCAUCAAGACCGCUGCCAAAGCCAAUUCGAGUUCUGUACCCAAAGUAUUUGACGCCCUAGAUCAACUUCACAUUCCUCUUCCGCUUGAGACAGAGUACCACUGGACAGCUUCGGAUGGCUACGCAUUAUCAUUCAACAAGUCUUGUGAAAUCUCAAUAGAUGAGUGCCUGGAAUACAAACCAGAUACUCCAUCUGUUGAAUUAUUCCGUCGGAUAGCUUUUGAAAAGGUCCAAUGUGGUGACUGCCUGAUUCAAUAUCUGAUUGAUCAAAAUGGCCUCAACGCCUUACUUCCUCCUGUCGAACCGGAAUUCUUUAAUGCUAAACUAUCACCUCCUUGGAGUCAUACCGAUCUCAAUGGUCCCGAGUCAGACUGGCGAAACGGUUCUUUCAAAGUGAAUUUAACAAUGGUCCAGAAGAUUGGAAAGCGGAAGAUGGCACUCAGACAGUUGGAACGAUAUAACUACGUAAUCGGAAGUUCCAAUAGCACCUUCGCCACUAUCCGUAGACCUGGCGAUGUUCACGUACAACUUAGCCCCCUACAAAACGAGUCACAUCCAGCCACUUACUUGGCUAUCAAUGAUCAAGUCAGAGCGCCACGAUUCCUCUUCCCUGUUCAAAAUCUCCUUCACAACUUUUUCAAGAACAGAUUUUCAGAUUCGAUAGGUUGGUGGGAAAAAUCAGGUUAA